AUGUUCAUCAUCGCUAGCACCACCCUGGCUCCUUGUGAAACUGAGGCUGCGGUGUGCCAACGUGAACUCAGAUCUAAGCUGAAGAAGAAGUGUGAGUGUGUGUUUGAGAGGAUUGCUAAAGAAGGAAACCCAACACUUCUGAAUCAGAUCUACACAGAGCUGUACAUCACAGAGGGAGGGAGUGGAGAGCUCAAUGAGGAACAUGAGGUCAGAUGGAUUGAAACAGCAGCCAGGAAACCAGCCAGACCAGAAACAACAAUCACAUGUGAGGACAUCUUUAAACCUUUACCUGGAAGAGAUGGACCAAUCAGAACAGUGAUGACAAAGGGAGUGGCUGGCAUUGGGAAAACAGUCUUAACACAGAAGUUCACUCUGGACUGGGCUGAACACAAAGCCAACCAGCAUGUCCACUUCACAUUUCCAUUCACUUUCAGAGAGCUGAAUCUGCUGAGAGGGAAAAAGUUCAGCUUGGUGGAACUUGUUCAUCACUUCUUCACUGAGACCAAAGAAGCAGGAAUCAGCAGGUUUGAGCAGUUCCAGGUUGUGUUGAUCUUUGACGGUCUGGAUGAGUGUCGACUUCCUCUGGACUUCAACAACAACCAGAUCCUGACUGAUGUUACAGAGUCCACCUCAGUGGACGUUCUGCUGACAAACCUCAUCAAGGGGAACCUGCUUCCCUCUGCUCGCCUCUGGAUAACCACACGACCCGCAGCAGCCAAUCAGAUCCCUCCUGAGUGUGUUGGCAUGGUGACAGAGGUGAGAGGCUUCACUGACCCACAGAAGGAGGAAUACUUCAGGAAGAAAUUCAGAGAUGAGGAGCAGGCCAGCAGGAUCAUUUCCCACAUCAAGACGUCACGAAGCCUCCACAUCAUGUGCCACAUCCCAGUCUUCUGCUGGAUCACUGCUACAGUUCUGGAGGACGUGUUGAAGACCAGUGAGGGAGGAGACCUGCCCAAGACCCUCACUGAGAUGUACAUCCACUUCCUGCUGGUUCAGUCCAAAGUGCAGAACGUCAAUUAUCAUGGGAGAGCUGAGACAGAUCCACUCUGGACUCCAGAGACCAGGGAGAUGAUCCUGUCUCUGGGAAAACUGGCUUUUGAGCAGCUGGAGAAAGGCAACCUGAUCUUCUAUGAAGCAGACCUGGCAGAGUGUGGCAUUGAUAUCAGAGCAGCCUCAGUGUGCUCAGGAAUGUUCACACAGAUCUUUAAAGAGGAGCGUGGGCUGCACCAGGACAAGGUUUUCUGCUUCAUCCAUCUGAGCCUUCAGGAGUUUCUGGCUGCUCUUUAUGUCUUUCUGACAUUCAUCAACUCUGGAGUCAAUCUGCUUUUCCAACAAUCAGCUUCCUGCUGGUCUGUACUGUUCAACAAGAAAUCUAAACUAAAACACCUCCUUCAGUGUGCUGUGGACAAGGCCUUACAGAGUCCAAAUGGACACCUGGACUUGUUCCUGCGCUUCCUCCUGGGUCUUUCACUGCCGAGCAGUCAGACUCUCCUACAAUGCCUGAUGAAAAGGACAGGAAGUGGCUCACAGACCAAUCAGAAAAUAGUUGAGUUUAUCAAGGAGAAAAUCAGGGAGAAUCUCUCUCCAGAGAGAAGCAUCAACCUGUUCCACUGUCUGAAUGAGCUGAAUGACCAUUCUCUAGUGGAGGAGAUCCAACAGUACCUGAGAUCAGGACUUCUCUCCACAGACAAACUGUCCCCUGAUCAGUGGUCAGCUCUGGUCUUCAUCUUACUGUCAUCUCAAGAAGAUCUGGAGGUGUUUGACCUGAAGAAAUACUCUGCUUCAGAGGAGGCUCUUCUGAGGCUGCUGCCAGUGGUCAAAGCCUCCAGGAAAUCUGUACUGAGUGGCUGUAAUCUGUCAGAGAGAAGCUGUGCAGCUCUGGCCUCAGUUCUCAGCUCCCAGUCCUCUAGUCUGAGAGAGCUGGACCUGAGUGACAACCAGCUGCAGGAUUCAGGAGUGAAGCGUCUCUCUGCUGCACUGGAGAGUCCACAUUGCAGACUGGAGGCUCUCAGGCUGUCAGGCUGUCUGCUCACACAGGAAGGCUGUGCUUCUCUGGCCUCAGCUCUGAGCUCCAACCCCUCCCAUCUGAGAGAGCUGGACCUGAAUCUUGAGGUGUUUGACCUGAAGAAAUACUCUGCUUCAGAGGAGGCUCUUCUGAGGCUGCUGCCAGUGGUCAAAGCCUCCAGGAAAUCUGUGCUGAGUGGCUGUAAUCUGUCAGAGAGAAGCUGUGCAGCUCUGGCCUCAGUUCUCAGCUCCCAGUCCUCUAGUCUGAGAGAGCUGGACCUGAGUAACAACCAGCUGCAAGAUUCAGGAGUGAAGCGUCUCUCUGCUGGACUGGAGAGUCCACACUGCAGACUGGAGGCUCUCAGGCUGAUUGGCUGUAAUCUGUCAAAGAGAAGCUGUGCAGCUCUGGCCUCAGUUCUCAGCUCCCAGUCCUCUAGUCUGAGAGAGCUGGACCUGAGUAACAACCAGCUGCAGGAUUCAGGAGUGAAGCUGCUCUCUGCUGGACUGGAGAGUCCACACUGCAGACUGGAGGCUCUCAGGCUGUCAGGCUGUCUGCUCACACAGGAAGGCUGUGCUUCUCUGGCCUCAGCUCUGAGCUCCAACCCCUCCCAUCUGAGAGAGCUGGACCUGAGCUACAAUCAUCCAGGAGACUCAGGAGUGAAGCUGCUCUCUGCUGGACUGGAGGAUCCAACCUGGAGACUGGAGGCUCUCAGGGUGGACCAUGGUGGAGAGCAGUGGUUGAAACCAGGCCUGAGGAAGUAUUCCUGUGAACUCAAACUGGACACAAACACAGCAAACAGACACCUCGUCCUGUCUGAGGACAACAGGAAGGUGACAGCAGUGAAACAGCAGCAGCCAUAUCCUGAUCACCCAGAGAGGUUUGAGCACUGGAAACAGAUCCUGUGUAGAGAUGGUCUGACUGGUCGCUGCUACUGGGAGGUCGAGUGGAGAGGAGAUGUUGAGAUUGCAAUGACUUACAGAGGAAUCAGCAGAAGAGGAGACCGUUUUGAGUCUGGGCUUGGAGGGAAUGAAAACUCCUGGAGUCUGAUCUGCUCUGAUGGAAGAUUCAUUGCCAGACACAUUGACAGAACAACAACCAUCCCUGCCCCCUCCUCUAAGAGAGUGGCAGUGUAUCUGGACUGGCCUGCUGGCUCUCUGUCCUUCUACAGCGUCUCCUCUGACACACUGAUCCACCUCCACACCUUCAGCAGCACCUUCACUCAGCCUCUGUACCUGGGCUUUGGGGUUUGGUUUGGUUCCUCAGUGUCUCUGUGUCAGAUCUGAGGAGUAAGAGUCGUGUCUUCACUCUGCUGAUCAGAGACAGCUGCUGACAUGACAGUUCACUGCAAAGACAUUUUUAUAAACUUGUUGAA